UACGACAUCAUCGAUUUACGACUGCUGUCGUUAACAAGCGCGGAAUUUGUAAAAUCAAUAACAUCACAUUUAUCUGCCCUUUUUUACCAACCCUUUCAGUUGGCAAAAUAGUUUUAAAACGAUUUAUUUAUUAGCAGAUUGGGUCCACGCUAAUGCACGUUACAUUGUAAAUUGUGUUUAAGUGAUCAGGAAAAUUGUUAAGGUUAAAGUUUGACAUGGAAACUUAGUUUCAGGGUUGAAGUUUGACAUGAUUUCUACUCCCAUCAAGCUAACUGACCCUGUGAGAUCUGGACAGUUUUAUGUUGUGUCAAUCAGUCAAAAUAACAGUUUGUAACAACGCUUCAGGAGUUAUAUUGACUAAUAUUAGCUGGGCACGACGUGUGUGUAACGUUAUGACAAGUGUAGCUCCCAACGCGCCCUGGCUAGGCUAGCUAUGCUGAUACAUCAUCUGACUCGGGCUCUGUUCACAACCGGACGACCGUUAACGUUACGGCUCCAGGUCCACAGGGGGUUGAGCGUCACCGGACAGAAGAGGACAGACUCCCCGGGAGACAUGAUCCGGAGGACUCAGAUCAAACGGGUUCUCUGUGUGGCGGAGAAGAAUGACGCGGCCAAAGGCAUCGCGGAGAUCAUGUCUGGCGGCAGAGCGAGGAGGAGUGAGGGGCUGUCCGUCUAUAAUAAACUCUAUGAGUAUGAAUACAACCUGUUUGGAAGGAAUGUCACGGUGUGUAUGACCUCAGUGUCAGGUCAUCUGUUGGGUCUGGAGUUCAAGGCUCAGUUCCAGAAAUGGCACAGCUGUAAUCCUGUCCUGCUGUUUGAUGCUGAGGUGGAGAAGUAUUGUCCUGAGAACUUUGUUCAGAUCAAGCGGACCCUAGAGAGAGAGGUGGGUCAGUGCCAGGCGCUUGUCAUCUGGACAGAUUGUGACAGAGAGGGAGAGAACAUCGGCUUUGAGGUGAUAGACGUCUGCAAAGCAGUCAAGCCCGGUGUGCAGGUGUUCCGUGCUCGGUUCUCUGAGAUCACUCCCAACUCUAUCAGGAGAGCAUGUGACACAUUAACGGAACCAGACGGCAACGUGAGUGAUGCUGUGGACGUUCGUCAGGAGCUGGACCUCCGGAUAGGUGCAUCGUUUACGAGGUUCCAGACACUCCGCCUCCAGAAGACCUUCCCCGCCUCGUUAGCCAAUCAGCUGAUCUCGUAUGGCAGUUGUCAGUUCCCUACGCUGGGAUUCGUUGUGGAACGUUUCAAAUCCAUCCAGGCGUUUAUACCGGAGACAUUCUACAAGAUCAGAGUCCUCCAUGAGGUAGAGGAGGAAUCAGUAGAGUUCAGCUGGAAGAGGAACAGACUGUUCAACCACACAGCAUGUCUAGUGAUCUACCAGAUCUGUCUGGAGGAUCCCAUAGCAACCGUCACCUCGGUAACCAGUAAACCCAAAAGCAAGUGGAGGCCUCUGCCCCUGGACACAGUGGAAAUGGAGAAGCUGGUUUCCAGGAAGUUGAGAAUCGGCGCCAAAGAGACCAUGAAGAUCGCUGAGAAACUAUACACACAGGGGUUAAUCAGUUACCCGCGUACAGAGACCAACCUGUUUCCUAAGGACCUGGCCCUGGGCCCCCUGGUGGAGCAUCAGACACACAGCCCCUCCUGGGGGCCUUCGCUAGGGGGUGAUGGAGCAGCCAGGGGACCCAACCCACGGCAGGGCACCAAGACAGAUCAGGCUCAUCCCCCUAUACACCCCAUCAAGUACACCAACACACUACAGGGCAACGAGCAGCGUGUGUAUGAGUUCAUUGUGCGUCACUUCCUGGCGUGCGUAUCCCUUGAUGCUGUGGGGCAGGAAACGGUGGUCGAGGUGGAAAUGGCUCACGAGAGGUUCUCCGCAAAUGGCCUCAUGAUCAUCAGGAGGAACUACCUGGACGUGUACCCCUACGACCGCUGGAGCACUAAGGUGAUCCCAGUGUAUGAGCAGGGUAGCCAGUUCCAGCCGUCAGCGAUAGAGAUGCUGGAUGGCCAGACCUCUCCUCCUCAACUCCUCACGGAGGCAGACCUCAUAUCACUGAUGGAGAAACAUGGCAUUGGUACGGAUGCCACCCACGCAGAUCACAUUGAGACCAUAAAGAGCCGUAUGUACGUGGGACUAACAGCGGAUCAGAGGUUUCUACCAGGAGAACUUGGGAUGGGACUGGUGGAGGGUUAUAACUCCAUGGGGUAUGAGAUGUCUAAGCCACACCUGCGGGCGGAGCUGGAGGCGGACCUGAAGCUGGUAUCGGAGGGGAGGAAGGACAAACAGAGCGUGUUGAGACACCACAUUCACAAAUACAAGACGGUCUUCAGAGAGUCUGUUAAGAAAGCCAAGAGGUUGGACGAGGCUCUGUCUAUCUAUCUGGGCGCGGCCCAGGAGUUCAGCGAAUCAGAGCAGCAGGAUAUGGAAAUGCCCCUCCCAGUCAGGAAAUGUCCUCAGUGUGGGCGGGACAUGGUGCUGCGGAGGAGGAAGGAGGGGAACGGGAAGUACCUGUCCUGCGUUGGUUACCCAGAAUGCAAGUGUUCCGUGUGGUUUCCGGACACGGUGUUAGAGGUCAACAGAGACGAGUCUGUCUGUCCCACCUGUCAGCCCCGCCCCGUUCACAUGUUAAAGUUGAAGUUCCGACGAGGCAGCCUCCCUCCCAUGAUGCCGCUGGAGUUUGUGGGCUGCAUCGGAGGGUGUGACGAGACACUGAGGGAGGUGCUCAACCUCAAAUACCUCAGAAUGGGUGGAGGGGGCGUGGCGGGAGGAGUAGGAGGAAGAGGGGGAGCUGGGGGAGGAAGAGGAGUAGGAGCAGCUGGGGGAGGAACUGGACCCCCUGUCUCCCAAGCCCCCAACCCCCCUCCUCGCCCCACCCCUGACCCCAGAGGUGGUGACGUCACAGUGUGUAACUGUGGGUCGGAGGCGGUCCUCCUCACCGUGAGGAAAGACGGUCCUAACCAGGGCAGACGGUUCUAUAAGUGUUCCUCUGGAGGCUGUAACUUCUUCCUGUGGACCGACCAGCCCGACACUAACGUUUACCCUCCAGGCCCCCAGGGGGCGCCACCCAGCAGGUCACACCAGCCCCCCAGGACCUCCGUGGGGGAGGUGGUUUGUAACUGCAGUGAGCCAGCGGUUCAGAAGACAGUGCAGAAGGAAGGACCUAAUAAAGGAAGAGUGUUCCAUACCUGUGGGAAGCCCAGAGAUCAACAGUGUGGAUUCUUCCUCUGGGCUGACGAGAACAUCCCACCACCAGGUUCUGGAGGGGGAGACUGGGGGAAGAGGCGGAGGGAGACUGGGGGAGGAGGAGCCCCCCCCACCACCAAACCCCCCGCUACCAGGAAGCCCCGUACCUGUGGCAUCUGUCACAUGCCUGGACACACACGAGUCACCUGCCCUCAGCGCUGACCUUUAACCCCUGAUCCCACUGCUGCCAUAGAGAUGCUUUGACGCCCCCGUGUGACCUUGUCCCCGACCUCUGAACUCCGACGUGAUCAGGAAGCUCAGCGGUUGAUGUUUUUGAUAUAAACACAGAACUACUGGAAUCAGUUUACCUUCAACUCGCCCUUUAACCCUAAACAUCAGGAGGGGACCAGAGGUCAGCUUCUAGAGGUGUUAAACCACGGUUCAUUUGGGACAGGAGUGGAGUGGGACUGGGUUCAUUUGGGACAGGAGUGGAGUGGGACUGGGUUCAUUUGGGACAGGAGUGGAGUGGGACUGGGUUCAUUUGGGACAGGAGUGGAGUGGGACUGGGUUCAUUUGGGACAGGAGUGGAGUGGGACUGGGUUCAUUCUGUCUCACCUCUGACAGAGAAACUGCAUUUAUAUGACAUGGAGAAUAGAUCAAUAUUUUACAGAGAAAUAAAAGAAUGGAUUUGAAUGGUAAUUUGUCCCCAAUAUGUAACAUUGGCGUAAAGAAUAGGAUUGUAAAUCCAAGUACCAGCUGGGAGGAGACAGACUGGAGAAAGGGGAGAUUAAUACGGUUAUUUUUGAAUGUUUAUAUAAAAUCACUGAUCCCAGCAA